AUGUCAAAAAAUAAAUUUUCAAUCGAAAAAAUUUCAAAUGAAAAUCUUGAAAAUCUUAAGGAGUUAGCAAUCGAUUGGAGUCUUGCUCAUGGAUUAGCAAUUAAAUCAAACAGCAGUGAUAUAAACAACAAACUUAUUGCCACGGCAAUAGCAACACAUGCUCCAGUCUCGUUAGUUCCAUCGCCAUUUCCAAAAGAACUUUUUCAGACUGCUUUAGAAUUACAACCAAUUUUCAAUUUACUAUUUCAUAGAAUAUCUGAAGAUCAUGAUUUUAUAUCAAAUGUCAUAGAAGAUAUUAUAAAAGUGGAUGAUUUUAUUAAAAAUUUAUAUGAAAUCUACCUUAAGGUCAGAAAUGAAGGCGUUAAACAGACAGUUUCUUUAGGAUUACACAGAUCAGAUUAUUUCUCACAUUCUUUUCCAAAUUCAAAUCAAUCAAAACUUUUACAAGUUGAAUUCAACACUAUUUCCUCAUCAUUCUCCAGCCUCUCAACAUUAACUGGUCAAUUACACAGAUAUUUGUUAGAAAAAACAAGUUAUUUUGAUUCAAUAGAUUUAUUCAAGAAAUCAGAUGAUUAUUUACUUCCUGAAAAUGAAUCAAUGGAUGCUAUACCAGAAGGAAUUGCUGCUGCUCAUAAGAUUUAUGGAGUAGAAGAUCAUAAGGUACAUUUAAUUCGUAAAACACUUUUAGAAAUUCACGAAGAAGGAAAAUUGGAUGGAAAGACAGGAACUUUAUUAAUUGGUGAUAAAGAAAUUGCUGUUACAUACUUUCGUGCAGGUUAUGGACCUGACCAUUACCCCACUCACAAAGAAUGGGGUGCUAGACUUGCGAUAGAGUGUUCCAGAUCAAUAAAAUGCCCAACCGUUGCUUACCAACUUGUUGGUUCAAAGAAAUUUCAACAAGUGUUAUCAAAUCCUGGUAUUUUAGAAAGAUAUUUAUCAGAUUCAUCUGAUAUAACAAAAGUUCGAUCUUGUUUUGCAGGUUUAUAUCCAUUGGAUUCUUCGCCAGAAGGUGAAUCGGCUACAAAACUUGCAUUGGAAAACCCAGAACGUUUUGUCAUGAAACCACAACGUGAGGGUGGUGGUAAUAAUAUUUAUGGAAGUGAUAUACCACUAGCUCUGAUGAAUCUAUCAAAAAGUGAACGAUCAUCUUACAUUUUAAUGGAUUUAAUAAAACCACCAUCGAUUAAAAAUAUUGUUAUUAGAAAGGGUGAAUUGAUCAAAGAAGAAAUGAUAUCUGAAUUGGGAAUUUUUGGUUUUUUCUUAGGUGGUAAGGUUAUCAAGAAUGUUGAAGCUGCUGUUGAUGUUGAGCAAGAAGACAAAAUAUUUGUAAAUAAAACUGCCGGCCAUUUAUUAAGAACAAAAGCAAAGGAUACUAAAGAAGGCGGUGUUGCUACAGGCUUUUCUGUAAUUGAUUCACCUUUAUUAAUUUAA